CGCCGAAUACAAUUUUUCAAGCGCAGUAAUUAAAAAAAAGAUUUCGUCAAGUUAAUCGAGAAACAUGUUGAAAUUAGUGUUGACUUUUUGCAUCAUUGUUGUACUCUACGAAGCAGAUGCUUGUACCCUUGCACCAGGAGGAAUAAAAUGCCUUGAGUGCACAAGACCUAACGAGUUCUACAGCUGCGGAAGUGCUUGUCAAACAACCUGCCGCAAUCUAGGAAAACCAUGUCCCAUAAUAAACAUCAGGUGUAACGAUGCUUGUUAUUGCAUAAAUGGCUACGCUAGAAACGAUAGAGGAAUCUGCAUUCCUAUCAAAAAUUGCCCUAGAUACUAAUAGUUGCUUAUACAGAGAUUAUAUUAUUUUCAAUUGUUUUUACGUGUGAACCAAAAACAGAAAUCUUCUAAAAAAUAUUAAAUAUUUGUUAUUAAAUGUAAAAAAUGCGCUGAAUUUUUUUGUAUCAAAACUUGUUUAAAAUAAACAAUUUAUGUAAACUA